GCUUUAUAAGGAUCCCCCGUGUUCCCUCGGUCCCUCUGCCUGUGUGUGUUUCUCUCUCUCUCCGGUUCUUCUUCUUCUCCUUUGUUGUUCCCACCAGCUCUCAUCCAACAUGCCCAGCAAGAGGAAGAAGAACAAGCGCCGCAUGAGGAGGGUGCAAGCCCUGAGGAGAUCCCUCGAGGAGCAGCAUGCAGGCCAGCCACCGGUCAAGGCCGGCCCAGGGAUCGCAGUCGGAGCGCCCCCUGCUGCAAAGCCAAAGCCAGCGGCCAAAGCGCCGACACCAGUUCCAGUGGCCGUUCCCAUCCCUGCACCUGUCGUGGAGAUCCCCAAAGAAGUACCAGUCGUGCAAGAACCCGUCGCAGAGCCCGUCCGAGUAGCGACACCAGAGCCCGAGGUCGUGGUGUUGGAACAGACUCCAGAGGUCGCGGUUGAAGUGGCGGCGCCGGUCGUCGAGGAAGCGCCGGUCGUCGAGGAAGCGCCAGUGGCCGAGGCUCUCGCAGCUGAGUCCGAAGUCGUAGCCGAGGUUGUUUGUGAAGCUGAACCCAUCAUUCCUGAAACAGAACCAGUAACUGAGGUUACACCCACAGCUGAGGCUCCAGAGGCAGCUCCAGCAGAAGCUGAGCUGCAGUCAGUUGAAGCCACAGUCGUAACCACAGAAACCGUUGAGACGCAUGAUGUCUGCGAGACUGAAACAGAGGCUGCGCCCGUGGCAGAGGAAGUCUCAGUUGAAGUUGCUGUCACAGAAGAAACCCCCUCGUUAGAGGCCGUAGUGGAAGCUCCGGUGGAGCUGGUGGUAGAAGCACAAACUGAAGCCGUGGAGGAAAUCACAGAGACGCCAGAACAGAUGACUGAGGCUGUCGUCAGUCCUGCAGCUGAGGAGGACGAAGCUGAAGUAGAAGUGUUGGCUGAAGAAGAGGCACCUGUAGAACUCGCUGAGCCCGUUUCAAUCGUAGAGGAUGUUCCUGUAUCGAUGGAAAUCCCAGUGGUUCCAGCUGCCAUGCCCGAGGCUCUGGUGGAAGAAACUGUAGCUGAAGUCGUCGAGGCACCUGCUGACGCCUUUGUUGAUGACUUUGUUGUCACAAACUCUGCCGUCGAAGUGGAGGUCGCCAUCGCCGAGGAGCUUGAGUCAGUUGCUGCUCCACCCGCACCAACAGAGGCCGAACAGGAAAUUGUGGCCACGGUUGAGGCUCCCUGUGCCCUGGCAGAGCCUAUGGAUGUGACUCCCGUUGAGCCUGAGCUUACACCCGAGGUUGAGGUUGAACUCAAGCCUGAGCCUGUUGCUGAGCCCGAGCCUGUUGCUGCUCUUGAAGUUGAGCCUGAACUCGCUGCUGCCCCUGAGCUUGCUGCUGCCCCUGCAUUGGAAAUGAUCAUCGAUGCCCUGGUUGAGCAGAAAUGUCUGGAGGAGCUGAAGUCAGAGACGUGUGACAUGCCGUGUCAGAUGCAGCUCGCUGUGGAGUCAACAAUGGAGAUGUCAGUGGAGCCAGCGAUGAAUGGACACAGUGGUGCAGAGGUCUCCAUCGAGGGCUAGAAGCCACACAGUCUUUAUUCCCCUUUCGUCAUUUUGAGGACUCAGAUCUCUAAAUGGAGUCCGCCAGCCGUUGAGCUUUUUCAUCUUGUUUUUUUUAGGGCUUGCAACGGAGCCAUCAGGAAAUCGAAGGAAUAUCCACACUUUGAAGUGCCUUUCCUGCACUGGUUUCCCGUCAAAACACCAAACCAGAUGCAACAAACCCCAAAAAUGCUGCAUUUAAGGCAGUAGAACAGACUGUUAUUAGUUUGCAAAAACGGAAACAACCAUAUCGUGGCUCCUUGUUUAAAUCUGUUUCUCCCCCCAAAGGAAUGUACGGUGAAUUUUGCGCAGCGGAAGCAGACGUUGUUGAGAGAUGGAGAUUCUUAUAGCAAGAUAAAUGGCAGUGCCUGGUAUUUCUUAUAUACUCCUUCCUCUCGAGAACGUCUGCCUCCAUUCUGCAUAUACACUCAAUCCAUGUGAACACUGUAGCAGGGAUGGAAGUGGCUGGUUGGCACUUAGGCCUGUGUUCAUACUUUCCCUGUUGUCACAUCUCAAAAUCACAUUUCUUGCUCUUGACCCGUUUACCUGGAGUCGGAGCUUCGAGCUCCCCCCCCCCCCCUCUGUUCUCCUGUCUGCCUCCUGAGAGCCACUGCUUACAUUAGUCCGAUGCUUAAAAACCAGGGUUUUAUGGCUCCAGUGGCCUCUGGGAAAUGGCGGCUGUGGAGGGAAGAACUCGAGGUGUUAAUCCCCCCCCCUCACUUUCUUCUUUUUUAAUUUUUGUAUAGACCAUAUGAUGUGAUACAGUUGUGUUCGAAGUCUGUAAUCUGGCUGUUUGAUGGUCUGACUUAAUCCAACUUUGAAAUAAAGCUGUAGUUCAUCGUGA